AUGCGGCGGUGCCGGGCGGCGGCGCUGGCGGGGCUGGCCGCGGUGCUCCUGGCAGCUGCGGGCAGAGCCCAGGUGCAGCAGGACCCGUCGGCAGAGACCACCGAGGGCACCGCCAUCAGAAUUAACUGCUCACACCCCAACAUACAGAGUUACGACUUCAUCCACUGGUACCGUCAGCUCCCAGGCCGCAGCCCCGCAUUCCUCGUGAGCGUUCAUAAAGGGUCCAAAGAGGUGCUGGACCCGCCGGGGCGGCUGUCGGUGGCGGCAGACCGCCGGUCCAGCGCCCUGUGGCUCGCCCGGCCCCGGCUCGGCGACGCUGCGGUGUAUUACUGCGGCCAGGACACACGGCGAGAGGAGCCGGGGCUGCGGCCGAGCACGAACCGCCGCGGGCGGGGCCGGGCGCGAGUGUCCGGGGCGCGGGACAGCUCCGGCCUGGCUCGCCAGGCGGCGCUGCUGCUCCGCCCGGCACCGGCAUCGGGCCCCUCGAGGCCCCGCAUCCCCGGCGCAUCCUCCCGACGCGGCUCCCGAGCCGGAGACCCUGGACUGCUGCACAGCAGGGCUCAUCUCCUACUCUGGGGCAUCUGGGGGAGAGGCGAUGUUCCCAGGCCACUGAGGAAAGAGAGGGGAGGCGUGAGAGAAGUAGAAGAGCCUUCUGUUCCCAGAAGAGUUAGCAAGAUCCCCAGAGACCUGAGGACCCCAGGGAAAGAUGUGAAAGCCCUGCGCUCCCAAAUGGCCCCGUAG